AUGUCCAGGUCGUAUGAUCGCGCACUCACCGUUUUCUCUCCCGAUGGUCAUCUCUUUCAGGUUGAAUAUGCUUUAGAGGCCGUACGCAAAGGUACAUGUGCCGUGGGCGUCCGUGGCAAGGACGUAGUGGUUCUUGGAGUGGAGAAGAAGUCAGUCCUGCAACUACAAGACCCCCGUACUGUGAGGAAGGUAGUAAUGCUGGAUGAUCACGUAUGCCUCGCGUUUGCUGGUUUAACUGCAGAUGGUCGCGUCUUGAUAGAUAAAGCCCGCAUAGAAUGUCAAAGUCACCGCCUUACUGUGGAGGAUCCCGUUACGGUUGAAUACAUCACAAGACAUAUUGCUGGUAUCCAACAGCGUUACACUCAGUCUGGAGGUGUCAGACCAUUUGGGAUUUCGACCCUCAUUGUUGGAUUCGAUCCUCACGAUACGAAACCACGUCUUUACCAAACUGAGCCGAGCGGGAUAUACAGCGCCUGGAAGGCUAAUGCAAUUGGCCGCUCGUCGAAAACUGUCCGUGAAUUCCUAGAAAAGAACCACAAGGAUGAUUUGUCAAGGGAGGAAAGCAUCAAAUUGACCGUCAAGAGCUUGUUGGAGGUAGUUCAAACUGGGGCGAAGAAUAUCGAAAUAAGCGUUAUGGAAAGCUACGGGAAAGUUACGAAUCUUGCCCUGAGUGAAAUUGAAGCGAUCGUUUCAGAGAUCGAACGAGAGAAGGAAGCAGAGGCCGAAAGGAAGCGCUCUCGACUGGCAGCCACAGCUGCGGGGCAGGCUGCCAUGUCUCAACGCGCUGCCGAAACACAAGGUUCUUGAGAGUAGUCUCGCGAAUCAAUCUGUAUUCGAUGCCGCGCACGUAUCAAUGCGUAGUCGCCACGCUAGUGUACCAUUUUUUACGCG